CUGUUAGAAUUCAUGGCUAAAGUGCAUACUUCAGCUCAAAAGCAAACCUGUGACUGGUUGUACUCACACAAAGUUCUGCCCUGUUUUGAGGGGAGACUGAAUAUUUGACGUUUUUGUCAGGGCCGAGGAUCAUCAUCAUCAUCAUCAUCACGACUGCCAUUCUUUCACUGAAGAUCUUAAAGCAUGCUAGAAUGACAGGCUCUGCAUUGACGUCACAAUGACACGGUGAAGCCGAAGGCAGGAGCUGGGAACAGUUCUUCUGCUUCACUUUUGAUAAUUGAGUGAGUUUGCUGCCACUCCAUUCCUUCCAGCAUGGCCAAGAGUGCAGAAGUGAAGUUGGCGAUCUUCGGUCGAGCCGGCGUGGGCAAGUCAGCUCUCGUCGUGCGCUUCCUGACCAAGCGGUUCAUCUGGGAGUACGACCCAACGCUAGAGUCGACGUAUCGUCACCAAGCUACCAUUGAUGAUGAAGUGGUUUCCAUGGAGAUUCUAGACACAGCUGGUCAGGAGGAUGCAAUUCAGAAAGAAGGACAUGUGCGAUGGGGUGAGGGCUUCGUGCUGGUUUAUGACAUCACAGACAGAGGCAGCUUCGAGGAAAUGCUGCCGCUUAAGAACUUGCUGGACGAAGUUAAAAAGCCCAAAAACGUCACCCUGAUCCUGGUGGGGAACAAAGCAGACUUGGAUCACUCCAGGCAAGUCAGCACGGAGGAAGGUGAAAAGCUGGCCACAGAACUYGCGUGUGCGUUUUACGAGUGCUCUGCUUGCACGGGAGAGGGCAACAUCAUGGAGGCGUUCUACGAGCUCUGCCGGGAGGUGCGGCGCCGCAAGAUGGUCCAGGGCAAGACUCGGAGGCGAAGCUCCACCACCCACGUCAAGCAGGCCAUUAAUAAGAUGCUUACCAAAAUCAGCAGCUAAAAAGAGCUGCACUAAGCCACAGAAGCGUUUUAGAGCUUGUUAGCUUGGAGUAGGGRUGAGGAAAGCAGAGCGCGUUUAAUGAAAAAUGGUCAAAGCUUUGCAAUGAAAAGAAAAAAAGACAAACACCACYACUUUUUUAGUAACACGGAGUCAUGCUAUUUUCCUGUUUUGAAAUGUAUUUAGCCACACUGCUUCUGGCUAAUGUAGGGGGGAAAAACCCCAAACACCAAGAAACAARAAAACAAACUACCAAAUGAACUCCAAAGGACUAGACAAUUUUGGGGAUUGGCAACCAAGAGAGAAUCUUYUGCUUCUACGUGGCUAGCUCCAAUCCCCUGCAAGUCAGUAGUGCCUAAACAUCAUUUCCAGCCAGACAGCUGCUCAGUAGCCAUGGGAGGGUAAGAGUCAACCCUCAGUCCACCAACAACCAUCACAACCAGUGUUCUUCAGGACUGAAUAUGUGUAGAGGCUGCUGUGUUGUAUCAGAAAGUUCACCUGACACCUUCACCAGCUCUAAAUUAGUUCAUUGUGUGCUUUCACUCCAAACUCUCCUUCCUUGUUAUUUUUGUCAAAUCCAUGAGUGUUGAUGUUCUUAGCAAGGUAGCAAAAAAUAUAGGAAAGGUCUAUUUCCUGGAGUGUUCAGCCAGCUAGACACACAUUUCAGCAGAGCUGAAGUUCAGCCGCUCUUCCAGCUCCUCUGAAAUUGCAGAAUUCUCAACAAAUAAUCAGGUAGUCCAGUGGCAUUUCAGCAUUUCCCCCUCAGAGCACAGUACUGUUCUUGGGGAAAUGGGAGUACAUGUGUUGCGAGAUGAAACUAAAAAAUAAAAAACCAUGUUACUAUUGAUUUAGCUAUGGGUAGUUUUUAGUUAUUGUUUACUUUUUGUUUUGGUCUUUUUUUCAAUUCAAGUAGUUCUUUUUGGUCUAUCUUAUAGCAAAAAGAACUGAAUCCUUGGGAAGUCAAGUAUUUGAAGUCUAAGCCCAAAUGUAAAUCAGAUCUGAAUGGCCUCUUCCAUAUCAAAAGACCAUAAUUUCCAGCUGUUUAAACUUCCAGAUGUUGCUUGGAGCACACUGGGGUUUAAAGCAGCCCAGGUUUUUUGUGACUUUUAUCGGGCACACUGAAGUGAAAGCACAUUUUAUCAGGUUUCGGUGCCUGGAAUAAAAGGUGUCCAGUUUUUUCCUUCUCCAUCAUCAUCUCAUUUAAGCCAGCUGCCAAGUUUUGUCUCCUGUCUCGUUGGUUUGUUAGCUGCUAAAAGAUGCAAGAACCAACACUGGAAGCUUUUCAUUCAGAUUGCAGUGCUCUCCCACCAGUGGUGUUGCAUCCCUUCAGGCAGCUCAGACUUCCAACAUGCAGAACCACAGCCAAGGGUUGGGAUGACAAAUCAGUGUUCCCCUUUGAGGAACAGCCCCCUUGUAGCAACUGCUUACAGCUUCAUUCUCCUCUGCUUUGUGCUUCAUCUGGUUAUUUGUGUCUCUGAGGAAGUAACUCCAAAAGGCCAUCAAAUCCAAAUUGCCACAGAUGUAGGAGAGUGAGUAAAUCUGUUAGUUAUCAGCAGCCAUAUAGGUGGUAGCAUAGACUGAACACUCCGAUCUGUAUACCCCAGAAAAAAAUUCCAAGUUAGGACUUUUAUUAAAAGUAUUCACUUGAAGUUAUUUUACCAAAGUAAUUUUUUUAAACUUUCACCCAACCAGCAAAGAACAUCACAUUCAGAUGUAUAUUUAAUUUGUGCUGUUGUUUGUUUCCUCUGCUUCUCUCUUCCAGACAGCAAAAGCUCAUUUCACUCUCGUGGAAUCCAUGUGUGUAUUUUUGUCCUCAUGUUCACGUGUUCUGCUGUACAUCAGCUGGACACACUGCAGUGGAAGCUUCACCGUGUGCUUCUGGGUAGGGGCUUCUUGCAACAGGCCCCUGUGACACACUUGUUCCCAAACUAUUCWUCAUAUUGUUAACUUUUUAUUAAAAAAAAAAAGAAAAAAAAAAUCGUGGUUUUUCCAUUUUCAGUUCUCUUAGUAAUGUAGAAUCAAUACAAGUGUAAAAGAGCAAGCUAGUGCCUGUUCACAAACCAGAAUUCUUUAGCUGGGAGGCUGAACUUGCCAGCAAUGGAGUUAUAUUUGAAGCCAGAGAGCAUUUGCAAGUUGAAGCACUAAGGUUCUGUUAUCUUUCAAAUCAGUGCUGGCGCACGAAUCUGAAGUAAACAAAAUCCUUACCUGCAAUCCCAUGGCAACGUAGCUGAGUGGAAAGCUUUUACUUCAGUAUGCUAAGAAAUUGAUUCAACCCUCUUAGAAAACUUCAACAGUUCCUUUAUCUGAAAAUCUUUCGUGGGGUUCAUGUUGGAGCUGCAUUUGAAAUACAAAAAGGCUAUAAAUGAAUGACAGGAGAAAAUAAUAAAUCAUAUUCAUAGUAUAAGAGUUGAAAGGAAGGAGAGGCUAAGUUAUGGCCCUCAUACUUUCCAAAAGAUUUCCAGCAAAUUGUAUUUUCUUUUAUAAAAUCUGUGUGGAUAAAUUGAAAUCCUGGUGAAAAUAAAAGUUCCACUGUGCAAACAUCCCUUGUUACAUAAAGAACUUACAAUAAAAAUAGUAACAUUCCUUUGCAAAGACUGAAUUUGGAAACUGCCAAACAAGAUAAACACUUGGUCAAAAAGGAGGCUGCUAUUUUGUGACCUUUCCUCCCACACAAACACAAACUCCUUUGCUUAAUUUCUUAUUAAUUUUUUCCCUCUAAACUGGCUCUACUAGGGUAUAUUAUAAUCUGUUGAUACUCAUUACAUAGUAUUAAAUGCAACUUGAUUUACUGUUGCUCACAAACAUUGCAACAUAUUACUGGCUAUGUUGCAAAUCUGUCCCAUUUCUACAAUGUGCAAAUUGAGCCCCAAAUUGCCCAAACAUUGAAAAGGCCAAGUGCAGCAUGAACCCACGUUCAGCAGCCUUUCUGCAGCAGACAUCAACAUAUUAAAUUCAGUUUCUCCUGCUGCUGUUUAAGUGUGUUUAUGACACUAGCAUUAAAUUUCUCUCCUCUGCCCACUACCAUUUCUGCAGAGAGAGGAUGGGAAUGACGAUAAACAAAAACAGGGAGGAAAGGUGAAAGGGAUACUUGUUACCUGCAACAAGUUGAUUGUCAUUUAUGAAGUUUCUGAAUAUUUAUCUUCAAUUGAUGAAGAGUUAGUCAUGCCCGUGCUGCAAGACCUGGAUCAGGAUCCAAGACUUCCCUAGAACUUUGACAAUCUUCACAUCUGGGGGUUUGGUGCAACUACAGAUGGAAGUGAGGAUCAACCACUGGGUUUGCACCUGGAUCCAGACAAGUUGUCCCCAGCCUGGGGAUGGUUGGAUCUGGCAGUUUGCUACAAGGCUAGUUGAUUUUUAUAUAUAUAAUGAUCUGCAUGCRUUUUUACAUUGAAAAUAUGAAAGCUUGUGCUUGUAGAUAAUACAUAAGAAAAAAAAUAAAAAAGAAAAAGAAAAAAUUGCGUUUUCUGUACUGAACUCUCACAGACUGAUCUUCCAUUAGAUGUCUCCAGUGUUCCUUCCAGCUAUUAAGGGGCUAGUUCCAAAAGUCCUGAUUUGGUUUUUAUUUAAUCUUUAUCUAAGGAAAACAGCGACUUUUACCGGAAUAAGYGCUGUAAAAUUUGGAUCACGUUAUUUGAACUUAUUUGGCUGUUAGUCCUGGAAUGGAGAAGUCAAACAGCAUCUACAGUGAGGCACAGGUCCAAAUGUCCUUGCUAACUAUUUCAAGGCUGAUGAAAAAAGUUACAGGGUURUUAAGUGACCUCAGUGAAACCACCACCCAGACGCUGUCCCGCUGACUGAAUAAUAUGGAUCUUGAUCCUGAGUUUCUGAGGUGAAAUUCUUUGCUCAGCAGUCUGGGAGAUUUAUGCUGGUAGCUUGGACAGAGACAAYUUUUCACCUGCUGCCAACUGUGCCCAUGUUGCAAGGACAAUGCACUAUUAAUCUGAAGAGAAGGUACAUUAUCUACACCUUAUAYGGAUGGUAAACCAUCAUACAUAGUGUGGGUAUUAAGCAAAGGAAGCUUUAGCACUGAAGAGGAGAAUUGUAAUCCACUCUUUUCCCCAAAAAAGUGACCCAAAGCAURGUGAACAGUAGUGGGAUUAUGAGAAUGUAAUGUCUGGCAGAGCACUGCAUAAAAUCUGGGUGCAGAAUCCAUGCUGAGUGGUGAAACCUCGUAACACCAGUCCCUGUCUGCCUCUGCAGUGCUGCAGAGCAGCCUCGAGUUCUCUCAAACCACACUGUAAGUUGCUCCAGUCAAAAUAAUGUCUCCUGCAAAUUAAGUAGCUGCAGUCAUAAAGGCUAUGUAUAAACAGUGCCCAGGGUUCCUUUUAUCUUUCUCUUUAACAGCUCAAUACAUAUGCAUAUCUUAAGAAGAAAAGGAAAAAGGGGCUUUAAUUAAAAGAGGCUUCUUGGCAUUUUGAUGUGUCUGCCUUUAUGUUCUUUGAAAAAUUAAACAUGUAAUGAAGACAGUGUCAUCUGAGAAACUCUGGUGUUACACAUUUUAUUUCCGCUACAGAGCCAGGCACUAAUUACCACGGGCUAUGAAAGUACAAAGCAGCGGCYGUCGGGAGCUGUGCAGGGUUUCCAGGGGGUGAUAAUGAUGGUUUGUGUGAGGCCAGCUCUGCCCGCUUUCUGUAAACACAGGUGCCCCUGGGGAAGGCUSUUAGUGCAGUUUGCAGCAGGGAGAGAUGUCCCAAAUACCUGGGGCAGGGUUCUGCUCUCCAGCGGGGCUUUGCACUGGGUGGGUGAAGCCCUGGCAGCCAAAAA